AUGUCAACUUCAUCUAUAAUACCUAAAAUAACAUAUCAACUGUUAAAUAGAAUGACUUCAACUAUAUCACCAGUAAUUGUUGGUCAUAGAGGUUUCAAAAGUAAAUAUCCAGAAAAUACAUUUUUAGGAUUUGAUAAAUGUUUUGAAGCUGGCGGCACAGUUAUUGAAACUGAUUUAUGGUUAAGUAAAGAUAAUGUGAUUAUCAUUAGUCAUGAUCAAUAUACAAAAAGAGUUUUCGUUGAUUCUGAUGGGAAUCCUACUAAUUAUAAUGUAACAGAAACUCCAUAUGAUCCAAUUUUGAAAAAUUUGAAAACUAUUGAAGGUGGAUAUCCUUUAAUUACUUUUAAAGAACUUUUAUAUUGGUUUAAAAAAUAUAUUGAUACAACUCAAAGUAAUGAUCAUAAAUUACAACUUGAUAUUAAACGAUUUAAUCCUACUAAAAUUACAAAAUUUAUUUUACUGGAUUUACUUGAUGUUCAUAAUGAUAUUAGUUGGUGGUAUCAUAGAAUUCAAUUUGGAAUUUGGGAUUUAAAUUUUUUAAAAUAUUUAAAUCAAAAUGAUUAUUUCCAAGAUAAAUUUGGUAAAAUUAAUAAAUUUGGUUAUGAUCAAUUUGAUAUUUUUAAUAUUAGUGUUAAUUGGAGAGAUUCAAUUCAUUAUAUCAAUUAUAAUUUUUAUCUUGAAGAAUCAUCACCAGUUGAUAGAGUGAAAAUCAAAUUAACAGGAGUUUCUUUAAUUUAUAUAAGUACUUGGUCAAUUGGAUUCCUUACUAAAUUUGUGCCAUUAUUACGUAUUCAAAAUUUAAAAUUGUAUUCUUGGACAGUUAAUAAUAAAUUACAAUAUUCAUAUUUAAAUAAAGUUGGUAAAUUGGCUAAUUUGGUAGAAUAUGGUGUUAUUUCAGAUUAUCCUGAUGUUAUGGCUAAAUAUAAACAAGAAGAUGAAUCAUUAGAAGCAGAAUUUGGUGGUGAAAUGUCUCCAUUAAUCAAAUCUGAAAGUAAGGAUUAUUAUAGUGAAGAUGGUGAUUUAUCUAUUGAUUUAACUUUACAACAAAGAUUUUAUCAUUGGAUAUUUGUUCAAUUUAAUCUGUUGGUAGGUAAAAGAGUAACCAAUGAUGAACAACAUUUUGCAACCAAAGUUGAUGAGAAUCAAGUAAGACUGGUAAAUAUUAAUCCAUUUUUCCAAUGGAUGUUUCAAAAAUUACAAAAAUAUGGUGUUUUCUAA